AUGCCAAUCAAUACACUCAAGGGCUCUUGGAAGCGGCUCGUGGACGACGAGCGAUUGCGCCGCUCUUCCCAAGUUCUUUCUAUUGUCGGCUCAAACGUCUGCAUCUUUGGUGGCGAAAUCAAACCUCGAGAACCCAUAGACGACAAAGUCGAUGUCAUCGCACUUGAGCCUACUGCAGCAACCUUGGAAACAAAAUCUAUCUCUUCAGCUCCGACCCCAAGAGUCGGAAGCGCAUCAGCUGUCCUCAAUGGCAAAAUGUACUUGUUCUCUGGCCGCGGGGGUAUUGACAUGGCCCCCAUAGAGGAACAUGGUGCAGUGUGGUGCUAUGAUCCUGCACGAUCGUCCUGGGAAAAGGUUAUGCCAGCUAAUUCAUCAGAACCAUAUCCUCCAGCACGCAGCUACCACUGCUCCACUAGCGAUGGAAGCGAGACUUUCUUCCUCCAUGCUGGAUGUCCAGCAAAGGGACGCCUUUCUGACUUGUGGAUGUUCGACAUCAACAACCGUACAUGGACACAAGCGCCUGAUGCUCCAGGCCCCCAGCGAGGAGGUACUUCAAUUGCCUAUCACGACAGCAAGCUCUACCGGAUGAAUGGCUUCGACGGAAACACCGAACAGGGUGGUAGUAUCGAUAUCUACGACAUUGCCAACAAGACAUGGUCUACCGAUACUUUCAAGGCUGAUGGCCAAGAUGGUCCCGAAGCGCGGAGUGUCUGUGUGCUGUUGCCAGUCCGACUUGCUCAAAAGGACAAGCUCCUCACACUCUUUGGUGAACAUGACCCCUCAUCAUUGGGCCAUGCUGGAGCUGGCAAGAUGCUAGGCGAUGUCUGGAUCUAUGACAUUAGCGAAAAAUGGUGGACAAAACUCCACCCCGAAGGCAGCGAUGGUGUGCCUGAUCCCCGUGGAUGGUUUGAUGCCGAUGUUUAUAAGGCGGAGAGUGGCAACGACAGCAUCAUCAUUCACAGUGGACUUGGUGAGAACAACGAACGACUAACGGAUCUGUGGCAACUCGCAUUCUAA